CUCUCAUUACACCGCUACUCCAGAGAAGAAGGGUCCGGCUGUCUGUAUGGACAAACGAACGCACCCAAUCUUUGUCAGUAGGCGGCUUCAAAACUGUUGUUGUGUUUUCGUAAAUGAAACUAUAGCAAACUGAAAUAUUAGAGUUUGGACAGUUUUAAAGUCCACCAGAGAGGAUCAAACCACAACAAUGUCGCUGAGCAGUAAGUCUGCCCAGGAAAUAAGCGAACUGCUCGAUGAAUACGGGAUAAAACACGGACCCGUGGUCGAUUCCACCAGAGCUCUGUAUGAGAAGAAGCUGAGAGAGGCCAUGGCCAGAGGGAAGAGGGCCAAACCUUCCCCAGACAAGACCUACUACAGAGAGGAAGAAGAGGAAGUUGUCUAUCACACCUACAGGCCACCAAUGGGGACUGAAGGCGCGGGAGACUCGAAGCCGUACAUGCGGUCAAGGCCAGAGUACACCGAGAGGGAAUAUGAAGACGAGAGGACCUACUCGAGGCCAAAUCUGGAAUACAGAGGAAGGGAUUAUGUUCAUGAGCCGCACGUCUAUGACACGCCGUCCUCUUUCAGAAACCCCUCUUAUUUGAAAUCAACACCUGUGAAACCUGGCGGAGACACUCCAAAGAAGGCAGAGUCCUCUCACCUAAUCCCGCCCUGGGUUCAGGUCCUGUUCUUCCUGGCUGUGGCAGGUUUUCUCUACUUUGUUUUCUCCAACAUGGAGACAACACACAGCGACCCUUUCAAAAAGAUAGAAUGAUUUUUGUGUGAUGGUGUGUGACGUUUCCAGGCAUGUUGUAAUACUUUACUUUGAACUUUUUAAUUUAAAAAAUUGUAUUUUGGAUUUUUAUUGUAGCCAUUGCUGAAAUGAUUGUAUUUUCUACAGUGUGACCACUGUGCACCGACUUGCUUAUGACUAAAAGCAUGUAGUUUCCAUGCUGCUACACCAUAUAGCUGCUCCUCUCAUAUAGAUGUAGAGCUCCUUGUGUUCAUUUAAUGUUCCAGCAACAUUUCUUAGUGUGAAUGCAUCUCUUCCAAAGACUAACCAAUAAUCAAAUAUCUGACAUCAUCAGGUGCUUUUUUUUUUUGUUGUUGUGGUAUUACCUCCAAAUUUAAUUGUGGCACUAAUGGUUGUUAAAGACAGUAUGUUCCAGUAUCGCUGUAACAUCACACAGGGUACUGUCGCUGAUGUAUUAAAUCAGUAUGUACAGUAACUCAGUGUCAGUGGCACAAUAACAGUUAAGAAAAGUUGAGAUCCUUGUUUGUGGAUCUGGACACUUUUGCCUUGUCCACAAAUUGUGAUUAAUGUAUCACUUGUCACCAGUGUUUUUCUACAAUCUAGCAGCAGAACUUCUGAGUUUUAAAAGACUGAAUAAAAUAAGGUUUAAGACAAGCAGUAGUACAAGUGCCUUAGCGUUUGUGUAGGAACGGUAUUAUUUGUCUGUCAAUCUGUUUAUUCUAAGGUGCUAGACCAGUAGUAGUUGAUGAAACAUUUUAUCCUAGAUGAAGCUAUAUAACAUGUAUGGCAUGUUUAUGUUGUAUUACCAGUUACUUUCAUAAUCAGCAUUUUCUCAGUGAUAGUGUUUUUGUCACAUAAUUUUAACACUUCCCUUCAAAUUUUUAAAUGACUUUUGUAUAUAAAUCAUGUAUGUUAUGGUUUGAAAAUGUCAAUAAACUUUUGAAUGGU